AUGAAUGACAAUAGGAAUCAAGAUUUCUACAAAAACAAGGCAAUCUCCUAUGCAGUGGUUUCAUUACCACUGAGCACCGAUAUCCUUGUUCUUCUAGUAGAUACUGUUCAAUUCGCUUGGUUUCUCAAUGAGGUCGUUGUCAGAAGAGCCCCUCCUUUAAACAGUCAUAAGCUUCACAAUACGCUUCUCUUUCUUGGAGAUCGUCUCCUCUCCAUGUGUCCUCUAGGAGGUUUUCGUCCUAAGAAUUCUCUGGAGAAUACAAAUCACUUAGGCCUAGCGUCAUUUGUCUCAAAGUUUAUGCGUGGACUUGAUGGGAAAGUCCCAAUCAAUCUAUUGUUGACUAGUUUGCUCAGAUCUUCUACACAAGAAAUUUUCAAUCUUCGAAAGUCUUGA